CUGUAGGGAAUGAUAUUGUCCGGAAGGGCUUUAACGGUUUUUGGGUGAUUUGAGUUUGGUCGCAGUGUAUUUAGCGCGCCGGUUACAGCCGCACUACUGCACCGGCGGCACGCGCCAUGCACUCCUUGGUCGUCACUUCUCGCCAACUCGACCGCCAACAGUGACAUGGUGAUGGGUGAGGGUGAUGGUGAAAUGGAAGGCGGGGGUGGCGGGAACGACGAGUGUGUGGAAGACGGCGAUGAAGAGUUAGUAGCAAUGAUGGGUCCACCUACAACGUUUUGUGGUAAUAACAAGUGCAAGAAAAUCAGGAGACCUCUGCCACCCCGGGAGACGUGGAAGAAGAAAAUCGAAUUCUUGUUGGCAGUAGUCGGUUUUGCUGUCGAUUUGGGCAAUGUGUGGAGAUUUCCUUACAUCUGUUAUCAGAAUGGCGGAGGUGCGUUCCUUAUACCGUACGUGGUGAUGUUGGUAUUUGGUGGCUUGCCUUUGUUUUACAUGGAAUUGGCACUGGGACAGUUCCAUCGAUGUGGAUGUCUCACAGUGUGGAAGAAGAUUUGCCCGGCUCUUAAAGGUGUUGGAUAUGCAAUUUGCCUAAUCGAUAUGUAUAUGGGCAUGUAUUAUAACACGGUGAUCAGUUGGGCGCUAUAUUAUCUGUUUUCGUCGAUGAGAUCUGAACUGCCCUGGACCAGUUGCGACAACCCGUGGAACACGUUGAACUGCACUCCGGUGACCAAUUUAUCGGCAUUAACCAACGUUUCGACGAGUCCAGCUAAAGAAUUUUUCGAGAGGAGCGUUUUGGAACAACACAGAGCCGAUGGGUUGGAUAGAAUCGGUCCGAUAAAGUGGUCGUUGGCGUUGUGCUUGUUGGCCGUGUUCCUAUUGGUGUAUUUCUCUCUGUGGAAGGGAGUGAGAAGUACGGGUAUGGCUGUAUGGGUCACGUCUCUCGCCCCGUACGUUGUAUUGUUCAUGUUGCUGUUCCAAGGUAUCUCGUUACCAGGCGCCGGCGAGGGCAUACGAUACUAUCUGACGCCGCAGUGGCACAAGCUAGUUAACACGAAGGUGUGGAUAGACGCGGCGUCUCAAGUCUUCUUCUCGCUGGGUCCGGGAUUCGGUACUCUCCUCGCCCUGUCCAGCUACAACAAGUUCAACAACAACUGUUAUUGGGACGCCAUACUCACCAGUUCGAUAAACUUUCUCACCAGUUUCCUUGCCGGGUUUGUCAUAUUCACCAUGCUCGGUUACAUGGCACACGUACAAAACAAGAGUAUAUCCGAAGUGGGAACCGAAGGACCGGGUUUGGUAUUCAUCGUGUACCCGGAAGCAAUCGCCAUGAUGACCGGUUCAGUCAUGUGGGCCCUAAUAUUCUUUUUGUUACUCAUCACAUUAGGUUUGGACAGUACAUUCGGUGGUUUGGAGGCAAUCAUAACCGGUCUCUGUGACGAAUAUCCGAAUGUAUUAAAGCGACACAGAGAAUUGUUUGUUGCUGGUUUAGUAGCAGUGAUUUAUAUACUAUCAUUGCCAACUACUACAUACGGUGGAGUUUAUUUGAUCACAUUGCUGAACGUAUUCGGACCUGGAAUCGCCAUACUGUUCGUUGUGUUUGUCGAGGCAGCAGCUGUCUGUUGGGUGUAUGGGGUGGACCGGUUCGCAAACGAUAUCGAAAUGAUGAUAGGACACAGGCCUGGAAUGUUCUGGAGAUUGUGUUGGUGCUACAUAAGUCCAGCGUUCUUGUUGAUAAUUUUUGUGUUCUCAAUAUUGGGAUACAAAGACAUGAUGGCUGGUGGUUCGUACGUUUACCCGGAUUGGAGCAUUAAUUUGGGAUGGUUGAUGACUGCUUCUUCGAUCAGUUGCAUACCUGCUUACUUCAUUUACAAAGUGUGCAAGACACCGGGUUCAUUCAUGCAGAGGAUCAGAUUGGCCAUGAAACCGGAAGAUCCGGAACCGGACGACCGGGGCAUCGUGGCAAUCGCGUCGGCUGUGCACGGAGGCGGUAGCGGCAGCGGCGGGGGCGGCGGCGGCACGCACGUCUGAUUGGAAUGGCUCGUCUGACCCGGCCGACCACGACGACAACAACAACAACAACAACAACAAUAAAAAAUCAACAGCCGCAAAAGUCGUGGCCAACCGAAAUGCGACGUCAAGUCGGGUUAUUUCUGUCGCAUAAAUAUUAAUAUGUUAUAAUAUUAAUAAAAUAAUUAUCAUAUAAAAUAAGUAUAAACAGUCGGUGACGUCUGCCACCGGAAGUAUACCGGAUAUGGCUUGUCCCGUAGGAUACGACGACUAUUAUCACAAUAAUCGUAUCAUAUCAUUACCACCGCGCGGUCAAUAAUAAUAUAUGACGACGACGACAGACGAAGACGAGUCGUGUGCGACUCGACAGGUGGCGAUCCACCGUGUACGUAGUGUAGUACAAUAAUAUUAUAAUAUAAUAUAGCAGCUAGUGCUCUAAAUUUAGUGUUAUUAAUAAAUAGUAUUAUUAUUGUAACGUAGUCAUAGAGUGUGAAACAGAUGUAGUUGUAGGACGAUGACCGCGAUUUAAGCGGUUUGUUUUAGGUAUGUAGACGUGGUGACGAACCCGCGGUAGACACAUAAUUUAGCAGUGUGAGAUAAUAGUAUUAUAAUGAUAAUAAUUAGCCGUGGACGAGACGAGACGUGCGUAAAUGUAGUGCUGAUAUGAUGUCUGGUCAUAUUUUUAGGAAACUAUGCGUGCUGCUGACACACGGCGUAGUUCUAGUGCGUUUUUAUUACAAUACAAAAUAUUAUUAUUAUACAGUUAUUAAUUAUUUAUUAUAGAACAUAGUCGUAGGUACUAUAUUAUAUUAUUAUUAUAAUGUUAAUAACAAAAUAUUGUAUAAUUAUUUUAAGUCUUAUGAAACAAAAUGUUCUGAUCAAAUUAUAUUAUUACCAUCUGACGUGUUGUACAAAUGAGUAUAAUAUUAAUAAUAGUUUAUGUAUAAUAUUAUUUUUUACUUUUUGUGAUGUAUAAUUUUUUACGUAAUUUAUCAAGCGUUAGACAAUGAAUAUUAUAAUCGUAAUCGUUUAGUCCAGGUCAUUAUAUCAAUAAUAAUUAUGCCUGUAGGUAUGUUAGUACUUGAUCAUACACAAUAUGAUCGUAUUAUGGUAGAUACUAAAAUUAAAUUUUUUUUUAUAUUUUCAUCGUCAAACGGCGGUAACAAGUAUAUUGUUUUCUAGUCAUAAAUGUAUCGUAUUAUAGUCACGUGUGUAUACAUUUACUGCUGCAAUUUGACUAUAAUAACGUGUAUAUUAGUAUUUUCCAUAGUAUCGUAGAAUAUGUUUUUAAAGUCUUAAAUAUAGGUACAUUAUUAGGUCCAAACGGAACGUUACCGUGUAGUGAAAGGAGCUUUAUAAAAUCGUGUUCGAAAAAUAGUGAAUUUCUUUCGACAGAGUCGUUUGUUAAGAAGACACGAUUCGGACACGAUAUAAUUUAAAAUUAUAUAUCGGAUACCUAUUUCAGGUAUUUUUAUCAAGUUUAAAACAUACCCAAAUUAAUUUACAUUUCUUUAAUACUAUCGUUAUUGCGACAUAAAACAGGUUACAAUAUAAAUUUAUUUAUAAUAUUGUAUGUUUGUGGUCUGACACUAUCAAACAUAAUAUUGUAACACAAUACACUACUAUUAUUUUUAUUAAUAUUAAUAUAUUAUGUUAAGCAUAAUCACAAUUAUAUCAAUAAAUUGUUCAAUAAAUAUUAAAUCACAUCGAAUGCAAUUCAUAUAAUAUACGCUAAACAAUUGCCAUUUUCGAGUCAUUUUCUCAAUACAUUGCUCCAUUUGAUAUUUCUAAACGCUCUACUAAUUAGUCAGAAUAAUCCAAUUGACCGAUUAAUGUGUCUAACCAACACCCAACCUUCAUUUCUUUUGUGAUCUGGUUUUGUAAUCUAUAGUUCCUUUUCACUUCUACUGCAGAACUCAUACUAUUUGUAAAUACCUACUACUGUACUUUGGGCCAAGCCCGUAUUUAACAAUAAUAAAUAAAUAAAUACCCAGUUCAAUCACAUUUCUCCAGUAAGCAAAACAGAAUUAUAGAUUAGUAUAGAUUAGAUUGUAGAUUAGAAUUAUUAUAAUAAUCGUCUCAUUUUGGGUUCAAUUUUUUUUUCUCGCACGGACAGGAUAAAAUUAUCAAACGUAUUUAUAUUUUACACCACGCUCUUAGACAGUUCACGACGAAUCUAUUGAAUUUGUUUUGAUUUACCUUCUUAUGUUAGAUUUUAAACUGCUAAUGUUGUAACAUUUUGACCCUCUUAUAAUUAUAUACAUUUAUAAAUAUAUUAAUAUUAUUAAAACGUAGUACUUAAGUAAUUAUACUACUACCACUACUACUACUACUAAUAAUAAUAAUUGAUAGGUACUCAUUAAAUUAUGUUACUAUGGUCUGACACUUAAUAUUUAUUAUUAUUAUAACUAUUAUAAUUAUUAUUAUUAAUUAAUAUUAUAUUAACAAUAAUUUCAUCAUAUCGCCAAGUCCAUGAAUAUUUUACUGCUUGGUAAUAGCUUGUAAACGAUUAUAGCCGAUUGCUAAUAAUAAUAAAAUUAAUAUUGUGUUUUCAAAAUG